CAAGUUGUGUAUGAUAAGAAAUUCAAACAUUUGAAUGAGAGAGUGCAUCAGUCAUUGCGAGUUAGUGCGAUAGUGAGGAUGUCGUUCAUUUACGAGAGAGUUCUCGAUGAGGAAUUUAAAAAAAAGGCAGAAUAUUUCGGAAUCAGUGAAUUCAUUAAAAUUCAAACGAACUCUGAUGUGUCUGUAGCUAAGAAAUGGUGCCCCCAAUCAUAUUUCUUCCCAUCUAAGUAUCGCGAAAUUUGUCAAGAUAUUUUGAACUUCAAAGUACGUCCUGAUGAUGUGUGGGUAGUUACAUUCCCAAAAUGUGGAACAACCUGGACGCAGGAGAUGGUGUGGCAAAUUUGCAACGAUUUGGAUUUUGGAAAGGGAAAAUCCAUCAAUCUCAACACGAGAUUUCCUUUCCUUGAAUUAGAAGGUAUUGCAAGUAGUGAGCUUAAAUUUGACACUGUGGAAUUUACAAAGAAUUUAGCAUCACCACGUCUUAUUAAAAGUCACCUCCCUGCUCCACUCCUGCCCAAAGAAAUUUGGACAGUUAAGCCUAAGAUCGUUUAUGUUGCUCGCAAUGUCAAAGACGCUGCUAUUUCAUACUUUCAUCACUAUAGAAGUCUUCAAGGAUAUAAAUUUUCUUUUACUGAUUUCCUUGAUGUUUUCCUGAAUGAUGCUGUUAUUUAUGCCCCAUAUCACACCCACAUUGUUGAUUUCUGGAACAUGAGGAACGAAGAGAAUAUUCUCUUCAUCACAUAUGAAGAAAUGAAGAAAAACCAUCCAGAGGUAAUUAGAAGGGUUGCAGAAUUCCUGGAAAAACCUCUUACAGAUGAACAGAUAACGAACCUGGCUGAUCAUCUUAAGUUCGACAAUAUGACGAAAAAUGCAUCAGUGAACUUCGAAGAAGAGCUGAAUUACAUACAAAAAGUCAUAAAGAAGAAAAAGGAAAAUGAUUACAAUUUUAUUAGGAAAGGAAAAGUCGGAUCGUACCAUGAUGAAAUGACCCCAGAAUUGAUUGCGAAAUUCGACACAUGGAUUGAGGAAAGAAUGGUUCAAUACCAGAUGGAUCCUCAUCUUCGAGAAAUUUUUAUUACCAACAAAGAAUCUGGUUUCAAAAGUAGCGAGAAAUGAGUCUUAAUUUUAUUUUUUAAUUCACGACAAUAUUUUUAGCUGUGAUUCUUUCUUCAAAGAAUUUUUAGCUGUGAUUCUUUCUUCAAAGAAGCACAGCUUCUGUGUACACUCAAAAAUGCAAAGUCGUCAGAUCGGGCUCAAACUUGGGAUGAGCACGAAUUAGGGUCCCCACAUUCCAAAAAACGGUGGCGCCAAAAAUGUGUCCGGCCGUCCGGCCGUCCGUCCGUCCGUCCGUCCGUCCGGCCGGAAUAUAACACAAUAUUGCAAGAGAACGGUAAUAGAUAGAAACUUGCGGUCAACGGCAAAGUUCAUAUAUCGGGUGGAAGACAUCCGAUUAUGACGUCAGAUCCGACCCCCCACCCCUCCGUCCGCCAUUUUGAAUAACCCCAAAAUUUUGUUUUCGCUAUAUCUCAGCCCCUAUUAUAGCUAGAGGGCUGAAAUUUUUAUAUGUUGUAGGGGACAUCAAGACCUUUCCAACGAUGCCUCAUUUUCGAAAAUCGGUCAAGCCGUUUAGUCAAUAUGGCCGCCACAAUUUUUCAUCGAAAAUCGACCAUAACUCGAAAACGGCUUGACCGAUUUUGAUCAACUCGGGCUCAAAUGAAAGCUUUCAACAAACCCUACAACUCUCUAGAACAUCCGAAGUUUCUAAAGUGACCACUAGGGGGCCUAAUCUAAAAAACAAAAUUUUCGAUGAGUUUUCGAUGAAUAUCUCGAGCACCGCUUUAUAGAAUUGCUUCAAAUUUUGAUAUGUUAUAGCAGGCUAUAAUAUCUUUCAUCAUGCCAAAAAUGAAGAAAAUCUAUGUAGCCGUUCCGGAGAUAUCGCGUUUCAAAGUUAACAUGUCAUAUCUUGAGUUGCAUAAGUCCAGCGCCCCGCGAAGUGAGGCGUUUUAUAUAUACAUAUACAAAUGUAAAGUAAAAUAUAUAUAAAUGCAUAGAUAUAUACAUUAUAUAUACAUAAAAAAAAUUAAAAGAUAAAAUUAUAUAAACUGCAAAGAUAAAAAUUAAAUAAAGCAUGGAUGGAACAGUAUAAAGCGAAAGAACGGUAAGUAAAACUUACGGGCUGUGAUUCUUUCUUUGUCAGUGA